CCUUCAGCCGCAGUACGUACCAGCAUCUGGAACACUCCAGGUCCAGUCACCUGCCGCAUACGCAGCGCCGAUCCGAACCCGUCCCCGCGCCCCCGCGGUUCUCCACUGGACUGGGCUAAAGCUGAUGCUGCAGCGUCGCCAUCACCCACUCCCGUGAACCCACCCGAGCUCCAGAUGGACUCCCCCAUCACGCACCACAUUAACGGCAAUGGCAGCAACGGCACUGGCACCUUGUUGUUCCCGAACCUCCCCGCCCCGGAGCUCCAGAGCGCCGACGGCGGCUCCUCCUCUCCCUCCCUCUCCGACUUCGGCACUCCGUGGUCGGUCCAGACCAGCUCCUCUCCCCCGCCCCCCGCUCCCAGCUCCAUCCACGCCAUCAACCACCACAUGCCCGUCACCACGGACUCUGACAGCGGCUUCUAUCCUCCAGGCCUCCCCUCCUCCUCCUCCAUCAACCCGGCCUUCUUCCACAGUUUCUCCGCGGUGUCUGCUAAUCCCUGCGCCGGGAUUAACGUGGUGCAGCAGCAUCAUCAUCAUCAUCAGCAGCAGCAGCACAGCAGCAGAACCGCAGGUCUCCAGUCAGUCCGCAGAUUCACCCACAGCAUCAGGGCGCGUUUCUGCAGCAGAGGAACAACUACAACCAACACCAGGUGA